UAAUGAAUCAGUCGGCCGCACACUCAUUCUCUCUUGUUCAAGUAUAAUACAUCCACCUUGAAGCAUUUAUUUCACUGCUCCCAUUCCUUUAACAAGUUGCUACUUCUUUCUUUCUUUCUUCUUCUUCUCCAGUAACGCUUAACCUUCUCCUAGUAACUGGUUUCAUCAUCAUCAUGCAGUCUUUUUCUUUCCUAGAAAGCACAAGGAUGUUCCCUUCGACAUCCUCUUUACUCUCCUUGUAUGCAUCCUUCUCCACAUCGCUGAUGCUCUUACGAAACGCCUACCAUGAACUAGUCCCCAAGAAACUCGAAUCUUUUCUUGUUACCAAAAUCUGCAUCUUAUUCUCUCGUAGAAAGUCUCCAUCUUUUGAUACUUUCAUCAUUGAUGAUUCUUGGGACGGUCUCGAUCGUAACAAGCUGAUUGAUGCCGCAAGAUUCUACUUAUCCUCCAAGAUUGACCGCAAGAACAAAGUGAUUAGAGUUGGUAAGUUCAGAGGCCAAGAGAACGUAACAGCUGCCCUGGUUGAAGGUGAGAAAAUUGUGGAUGUGUUUGAUGGGAUUGAGAUCACAUGGCAGUUUGCGAAGGAAGAAAACAAUGAUCGUUCCGGCAAGAACAAUGACAGGUUCUAUAAUAAAGGGUAUUUUGAGAUUACAUUUGAAGAUCAACAUAGGGAAAAGGUCUUCCAUGAGUACUUGAAGCACAUUCUUAUUGCCUCUAAAGUCUUGACACAAGGCGAGAAGGUUUUAAAGCUUUUCACAAGGUCUCGCGGCUGCUGGAACUGCAUUGAUUUUCGACACCCAUCUACGUUUGAUGCGCUAGCCAUGGACCACGAUCUAAAGAAGUCUAUUAUUGAUGACUUGAACAGGUUCUUGUCAAGGAAAGAGUUCUACAAGAGAAUUGGCAAGGCCUGGAAGCGUGGAUAUCUGUUGUAUGGACCUCCUGGAACUGGGAAAUCAAGCCUGAUUGCAGCCAUGGCUAAUUACCUGAAAUUCGAUGUGUAUGAUUUGGAGCUUGCUAAUAUCCAUUCUGAUGCUGAUCUGAGGAAAGCCAUGCUGGAUAUAGACAGGAAGUCUAUAACUGUGAUUGAGGACAUAGAUUGCAACACGGAGGCGCAUGCUCGAUCAAAAUCAAAAUCAUCAUCUGAUGAUUCUGAUGAUGAAACCAGUUUUGUCAAGCAAUUCUCACUCUCGGCUCUGCUGAACUGUAUCGAUGGACUGUGGUCAAGCUGUGGAGAGGAAAGGAUAAUUGUAUUCACAACCAAUCACAAGGAAGUUCUAGACCCGGCAUUGCUCCGGCCUGGGCGGAUGGAUAUGCACAUUCACAUGUCCUACUGCACUCCUCAAGGAUUCAGAAUCUUGGCCUCAAACUACCUUGAAAUUAAAGACCACUUUCUGUUUGAAGAAAUUGAUGGCUUGAUCAGGAGUACAGAGGUGACCCCUGCAUCUCUGGCUGAAGAACUACUCAAGAGUGAUGAUGCUGAUUUGGCUCUUGAAGAAGUGCUUAAUUUCUUGAAGCUGAAGAAAAUGGAGAAACAUAAAGUUGAAGAGGAAAAGAAAAUGGAGAAAGGUAAAGUUGAAGAGGAAAAGAAAAUGGAGAAAGGUAAAGUUGAAAAGACAGAGUGACAAACUUUGUUAUGUUAUAAUUAAUCAAUGGGAUUGUAGUUUACUUUUAGUUAAUAAAGUAGCAUGUUUUCUUAUUGUAUUA